CAGUCGGAUUAAAGAUGGCGCCGCAUCAUGUUCUAAGGUGCUGUCAGCGGAGUAUAUCUUGGAUACCUGUUAUUUUCAUAAACCUUGUCGUUGGCUGGUCUUAUUAUGCAUACGUCGUUGAACUCUGUAUCUUAACAAUUCCAAAUAAUGCAGAAAAAAUAUCAUACCUAGUUGUCUUUCACCUGUUCUUCAGUAUGUUCAUCUGGUCCUACUGGAAGACUAUCUGCAGCAGGCCCGCCAACCCCUCUAAAGAGUUUUGUCUGCCGAAAGUGGAGAAAGAGCAAUAUGAGAAGGAGGAACAUCCAGACACUCAGCAGGAGAUCCUGAAGAAGGUGGUGGUAGGAUUGCCUGUCUAUACACGCACUGGGACAGGAGCCGUCCGGUACUGUGACCGCUGUCUGGUGAUCAAACCCGACCGCUGCCACCACUGCUCCACCUGUGACAUGUGUGUACUGAAGAUGGACCAUCACUGUCCAUGGGUGAAUAACUGUGUUGGAUUUUCAAACUACAAGUUCUUUGUCUUGUUUCUGGCCUACUCCAUGCUGUAUUGUGCAUUCAUCGCCUCUACCGUCCUGCAGUAUUUCAUCAAAUUCUGGACAAAUCAGCUGCCUGACACUCACGCCAAAUUCCACGUGUUGUUUCUGUUUUUUGUGGCGGCCAUGUUCUUCAUCAGCAUCCUGUCGCUUUUCAGCUACCAUCUCUGGCUUGUGGGAAAGAACAGGACCACCAUAGAGGCUUUCAGGGCUCCUGUCUUCAGAAAUGGCCCAGACAAGAAUGGCUUCUCUCUGGGAUUCAGUAGGAACAUGGCUGAGGUCUUUGGAGACCAGAAGAAGUACUGGAUGUUUCCCAUCUACACCAGUCACGGUGAUGGUAACAGUUUUGUCACCCGGUUGGUGAACUUAGAUCCUGAGCAGAUAGCUGUGGGCCUCCAGAUCAACGGCAAAAGCUCUGUAGAUUGUCCUGCAAGCCCCAAGCAUGUCCUUGGCGACACCAUCAACCACAUUGAGGACCAUCAGGAUGGCAGCUUCGACAAAACUGAUGUAGCCGAGACGGUCACAGUCACCAUAGAGAGCGAGUCAUAGACAGGUAAGCCUAUGUAUGACUCCCGCUGAAGUGUGCACGUUUCCUACAGAGCUUAGAGAGGAAACUGAUGACCACCCAUGAUCUUUGAUUACCGAGUUGGCUCAAAUCUACCAAGAGACAACUGAGCCAUCAACUGUGAUGCCUUACAACCAGCAGAAUCUGUCUAAACAAAAAACACCCCUUAUCACCUGCAGCACCCCUACUACCAUGGACAAAUGUCAAGUAACAGCUCUUGUAUGGACAUAUUUUCUAUUGCCAUUCUUACAUCCGCCAAACAGCAUUCCUGGUAUGAUGGACACAACCUGGACUGUCAUGGACGCUACAUCUUACAUCAGCCGUCUAAGUCCUCACCAAGCACAUACACUCUGACACUUCAUCUUUGUUUUUAACCAAAGCUUUUUUUUGUAACUAUGAUUAAUCUCUGGGACUACUCUGUUAUUCAAGCCAAAAAAAGUAGACUCUUUGCACUAGCUUAGAUUAUUUCAGGAAAAGUGCAGGAAAAUAAUUGCUUUACACUUAUACACCUCAGUCGAAUUAGUAUUCACUUUCUUUAUUGGUAAAUGUUUACUGUUUCUUUCCCCAGAAACUCAGUUACUGGCUUUGAUUGGGUUAAGCCCAGGGAAUACAAUGUUCAGGGCCUCAAGACGCAACGUCUCAGUUGACUGUAGUGUGUGUACUGUAUGUACUUUACAUUUGAACCCUGUGGAGGGCGCUAAGCAUAUCCAUUGAUUUCAACAGGCCAUACAGUCUUACAGUAGGUUUGCGUGAAAAAAGGCUUUGUAGGACCCUAUGCCAAAUCCUUUCCUGCUCAACAUUGUAAUUUAAAGCUAGAACACUUAGUUUUUGGGAUUAUAAAUUAAUGAUCUCAUUGAUUCUUGAAUAUAACCUAUAAAUGACUCGUGAGUUUAGUUCAACUGUCAUACAUACCCCUACAGAUUUAUUUUUUACUAUGUUUGUAAACAACAAAUGUAAAUGCACUAUAGCUUCAGAAAAUGGUUAAAACUAUCCUUUUUAUAUUUUUGACGAUAAUUCCUUGCAUCCAUAGCUCUGUCUAUGAAUUUGAGUGGUUACAUUUCUCCAGGCCCAUCCCUCAGCUUUUUACCAAAACUGAGGCAGGGUAACACUUUGUCAUUGUUUCAACUGCUGAUUCUAGCUUUUAAAUGUGCCUGCAGUUAAGUUGUUCAGAUUAUUAUUUAUUUUUUCUGUUGUAUGGAAGGACAAAGGUUAAGUACAGUGCCAUAGUAAAUGGUUCACCUUAGCAUGGUGUAAUUACUUUAAAAUUUCUGUUUGCAAUUUUAAACAGUUGAUUUUUGCUAAUACACAUUUGAAGUGUCACAUACAUGACCCUAAUGACGCAGGGCCAAAUCCUAACUAGAUGCAUGUUUUGCAAAAUUGUGAUCUACAGUACCGGUCAAAAGUUUGGACACACCUACUCAUUCCAGGGUUUUUCUUUAUUUUACUAUUCUCUACAUUGUAGCACAACAGUGAAGACAUCAAACCUAUAAAAUAACACAUGGAAUCAUGUAGUAACCAAAAAAGUUUUAAACAAAUCAAAAUAUAUUUCAGAUUCUUCAAAGUAGCCACCCUUUUCCUUGACAGCUUUGCACACACUUGGCAUUCUCUCAACUAGCUUCAUGAGGAAUGCUUUUCCAAAAGUCUUGAAGUACUUCCCACAUAUGCUGAGCACUUCUUGGCUGCUUUUCCUUCACUCUGCGUUCCAACUCAUCCUAAACCAUCUCAAUUGGGUUGAGGUCGGGUGAUUGUGUAGGCCAAGUCAUCUGAUGCAGCACUCCAUCACUCUCAUUGGUCAAAUAGCCCUCACACAGCCUGGAGGUGUGUUUUGUGUCACUAUAAUUUGUUUUUCAACAGGACAGUCACAAUAAGCGCAAACCAGAUAAUACUGCUGUGGUAGCCAUGCUGGUUAAGUGUUCCUUGAAUUUGAAAAUCACUGACUGUGUCACCAGCAAAGCACCAUCACACCACCUAUAUGCUUCACUGUGUGAACCACACAUGCAGGGUUCACCUACCCUGCGUCUCACAAGGACAUGGCGGUUGGAACGAAAAAUCUCACAUUUGGACUCGUCAGACCAAAGGACAGAUUUCCACCGGUCUAAAGUCCAUUGCUUGUUAUUCUUGGCCCAAGCAAGUCUCCUUAAUUGUGUCCUUUUUAGUAGUGGUUUCUUUGCAGCAAUUCGAGCAGGAAGACCUGAUUUCACGCAGUCUCUGAACAGUUGAUAUUAAAUGAGUCUGUUACUUGAACUCUGAAGCGUUUAUUUGGGCUGCAAUUUCUGAAGCUGGUAACUAAUGAACUUAUCCUCUGCAGCAGAGGUAACUCUGGGUCUUCCUUUCCUGUGGCGGUCCUCAUGAGAACCAGUUUCAUCAUGGCGCUUGAUGGUUUUUGCGACUGCACUUAUAGAAACUUUCGAAGUUCUUCAUUUUCUGCAUUGACUGACCUUCACUUCUUAAAGUAAUGGACUGUUUCUCUUUGCUUGUUUGAGCUGUUCUUGCCAUAAUAUAGACUGAGCCCUAUUUGGUAAAAGACCAUCUUCUGUAUACCCCUCUACCUUGUCACAACAACUUAACUUAAGAAAGAAAUUCCAUAAAUUAGCUUUUAACGAGGCACACCUGUUAAUUGAAACGAAGUGGUACCUCACGAAGCUGGUUGAGAGAAUUCAUGAGUGUGCAAAGCUGUCAAUGCAAAGGGUGGCUACUUUGGAGAAUCUCAAAUAUAAAAUAUUUUGAUUUGUUUAAAACAUUGGUUGACUGGUACUGUAUGUGAUAGGUUUAUCGCUUUCAUCUCAAGAAUUUGGUUGGGACUCAAGCAGUGCAUUCGGAAAGUUUUCAGAACCCUUUUACUUUUUCCACAUUUUGUUACGGUACACCCUUUGUUCUAAAAUUGAUUUAAAAAAAAUUUCCCCUCAAGUCUACACACAAUACCCCAUAUUCACAAAGCAAAAACGGGUUUCAAGACAUUUCUGCACAUGUAUAAAAAAAAAAUGUAAAUGAAAUCACAUGAACAUAAGUAUUCAGACCCUUUACUCAGCACUUUGUUGAAGCACCUUUGGCAGCGAUUACAGCCUCGCGUCUUUGUGGGCAUGACGCUACAAGCGUGUCACACCUGUAUUUGGGGAGUUUCUCCCAUUCUCUUCUGCAGAUCCUCUCAGGCUCUGUCAGGUUGGCUUGGGAGCAUCACUGCACAACUAUUUACAGGUCUCUCCAGAGAUGUUCGAUUGUGUUCAAGUCUGGGCUCUGGCUGGGCCACUCAAGGACAUUCAGAGACUUGUCCCGAAGCCACUCCUGCAUUGUCUUGGCUGUGUGCUUAGGGUCAUUGUCCUGUUGGAAGGCAAACCUUUUUUUAAUUUUCACCUUUUAUUUAACCAGGUAGGCCAGUUGAGAAGAAGUUCUCAUUUACAACUGCAACCUGGCCAAGAUCAAGCAAAGCAGUUUGACACAUACAACAACAGUUACACAUGGAAUAAACAGUCAAUAAAUACAAUAAAGUCUAUAUACAGUGUGUACAAAUGAGGUAAGAUAAGGGGUGAGGCAAUAAAUAGGCCAUGGUGGCGAAGUAAUUACAAUAUAGCAAUUACACACUGGAAUGGUAGAUGUGCAAGUAGAGAUACUGGGGUGCAAAGGAGCAAGAUAAAUACAGUAUGGGGAUGAGGUAGUUGGAUGGGCUAUUUAUAGAAUGGGCUAUGUACAGGUGAAGUGAUCUGUGAGCUGCUCUGUCAGCUGAUGCUUAAAGUUAAUGAGGGAGAUAUGAGUCUCCAGCUUCAAAGAUUUUUGCAGUUCGUCCCAGUCAUUGGCAGCAGAGAACUGGAAGGAAAGGUGGCCAAAGGAAGAAUUGGCUUUGGGGGUGACCAGUGAGAUAUACCUGCUGGGGAGUGUGCUAUUCGUGGGUGCUGCUAUGGUGACCAGUGAGCUGAAAUAAGGCAGGGCUUUACCUAGCAAAUACUUGUAGAUGACCUGGAGCCAGUGGGUUUGGCCGCGAGUAUGAAGCGAGGGCCAGCCAACGAGUGUACAGGUCUCAGUGGUGGGUAGUAUAUGGGGCUUUGGUGACAAAAUGCAUGGCACUGUGAUGGAUUGCAUCCAAUUUGUUGAGUAGAGUGUUGGAGGCUAUUUUGUAAAUGACAUGGCCAAAGUUGAGGAUCGGUAGGAUGGUCAGUUUUACGAGGGUAUGUUUGGCAGCAUGAGUGAGGGAUGCUUUGUUGUGAAAUAGGAAGCCGAUUCUAGAUUUAAUUUUGGAUUGGAGAUGCUUAAUGUGAGCCUGGAAAGAGUUUACAGUCUAACCAGACACCUAUGUAUUUUUAGUUGUCAGAACCGUCCAGAGUAGUGAUGCUGGAUGGACAGGCAGGUGCAGGCAGUGAUCGGUUGAAUAGCAUGCAUUUAGUUUUACUAGCAUUUAAGAGCAGUUGGAGGCCACAGAAGGAGUGUUGUAUGGCAUUGAAGCUUGUCUGGAGGUUAGUUAACAGUGUCCAAAGAAGGGCCAUAAGUAUACAGAAUGGUGUCGUCUGCAUAGAGGUGGAUCAGAGAAUCUCCAGCAGCAAGGGCGACAUCAUUGAUGUAUACAGAGAAGAGUCGGCCCGAGAAUUUAACCCUUUGGCACCCCCUUAGACACUGCCUGAGGUCCUAACAACAGGCCCUCCGAUUUGACACACUGAACUCAAUCUGACAAGUAGUUGGUAAACCAGGCGAGGCAAUCAUUUGAGAAACCAAGGCCCUUGAGUCUGCCGAUAAGAAUGUGGUGAUUGACAGUCGAAACCCGUGGCCAGGUCGACGAAUACGGCUGCACAGUAAUGUCUCUUAACGAUGGCGGUUAUGAUAUCGUUUAGGACCUUGAGCGUGGCUGAGGUGCACCCAUGACCAGAUCUGAAACCAAAUUGCUUUGCGGGAGAAGGUACGGUGGGAUUCAAAAUGGUAGGUAAUCUGUUAACUUGGCUUUCAAAUACCUUAGAAAGGCAGGGUCGGAUAGAUAAUGGGUCUAGAAUGUCCCCCCUUUGAAGAGGGGGAUGACUGAGGCAGCUUUUCAAUCUUUGGGAAUCUGACGAUACAAGAGGUUGAACAGGCUAGUAAUAGGGGUUGCGACAAUUUCAGGCAGAUAAUUUUAGAGAGGGUCCAGAUUGUCUAGCCCGGCUGAUUCUAUAGGGGUCCAGAUUUUGCAGCUCUUUCAGAACAUCAGCUAUCUAGAUUUGGGUGAAGGAGAAAUGGGGGCGGCUUGGGCGAGUUGCUGUGGGGAGUGCAGGGCUGUUGACCGGGGUAAGGGUAGCCAGGAGGAAAGCAUGGCCAGUCGUAGAAAAAUGCUUUAUUAAAUUCUCAAUUAUAGUGUAUUUAUCGGUGGUGACAGUGUUUCCUAGCCUCAGUGUAGUGGGCAGCUAGGAGGUGCUCUUAUUCUCAUUGGACUUUAGUGUCCCAGAACUUUUGAGUUUGUGCUACAGGAUGAACAUUUCUGCUUGAAAGCUAGCCUUGGCUUUCCUAACUGCCUGUGUAUAUUGGUUCCUAACUUCCCUGAAAAGUUGCAUAUCACGGGGGCUAUUCGAUGCUAAUGCAGGGUGUUUUUGUGCUGGUCAAGGGCAGUCAGGUCUGGAGAAAACCAAGGGCUAUAUCUGUUCCUGGUUCUAAUUUUUUUGUUGUUGAAUGGGGCAUGUUUAUCUAAGAUUUUGAGGAAGGCACUUUUAAAGAAUAACCAGGCAUCCUCCACUGAUGGGAUGAGGUCAAUAUCCUUCCAGGAUACCCGGGCCAGUUUGAUUAGAAAGGCUUGCUCGUUGAAGUGUUUUAGGGAGUGUUUAACAGUGAUGAGGGGUGGUCGUUUGACCGCAGACUCAUUGCGGAUGCAGGCAGUGAUCGCUGAGAUCUUGGUUGAAAACAGCAGAGGUGUAUUUGAAGGGCAAGUUGGUUAGGAUGAUCUCUAUGAGGGUGCCCGUGUUUACAGAUUUGGUGUUGUACCUGGUGGGUUCAUUGAUAAUUUGUGUGAGAUUGAGAGCAUCUAGCGUAGAUUGUAGGAUGGCCGGGGUGUUAAGCAUGUCCCAGUUUAGGUCACCUAGCAGCACAAGCUCUGAAGAUGGAUGGGG